AUGUAUGUAGAUAGGGGGAAUCCAAGAGCUCUGUUUAGGACCCAUCGAAUCAUGUCUGUUGCAAGCUCUGCUGCCUCCAAACUCAACUGGUCAAAGAUCAUUCCUCAAUUAGGCCUUACCGGUCAAACUGCGUCUUCUUUAACUGCAUUUAAGAAGAGAAACGAUGAAGCAAAGAAGGUUUUGUACACAUUGAAGGAACAACCAACUGAAGUUGACUUUGGUGCAUACAGCCAAUUAAAGAACUCCAAGAUUGUUUCUACCAUCAAGUCUGAUGUUGCAUCUUUCAAGCCAUCUACUAUUGAUUUAUCCAAGCAAUUAAAUAUCAUUGAAGCUUUUGAAGUUAAAGCGAUUGAAAAUGCAAAGAAGACCGAAUCUUUAGUUCUUGCUGAAUUGUCUGAAUUAGAAAAGACUUUAGACAACAUUGAAUCUGCAAGACCAUUUGAUCAAUUGACUGUUGAAGAUGUCGUUAAGGCAAGACCAGAUGUCGAAGAUAAGGUCCAAGAUAUGGUUUCAAAGGGUAGAUUCGAAGUUCCUGGUUACAAGGAGAAGUUCGGUGACUUGGUCAUCAUGUAA